AUGGAUCAACAGCUAUCCUUCAUGCUCGCACUAGCGUCCGAGCUCAUAUAUGCAGACUGGGGUGCUGGUAGGCCUCUCCGGCAGCACGGGGGGUGGAUUGAGGAACUGCCCCUGGAAGAGGGCUCCACCCCCAGCGGUUCCUCGACGCCUCUCUCUGAGCCUUCCCAGGAAGAACUGGCUGUGUCUGUCUCUGCUAGCGCUUCGUUGAAAGCCUCUGCACAUGCAGCACCAGAACGGAAGUUUGUUAGAGAAAUGGCUCACCAGGCGCCUAUUCACGACAAGGAAGGGGUAGCUGCCUCCAAAGUGUAUGCCUGGUGCAGACUUGAAACAAUGCUGGCCCCCCAGCGAGAGUCCCGAGCCCUGGAGAGUGCCCGAACGCUUAUAGAGCAGCAGAAAGAGAGGAUCGAAUCUCUAACAGAAACAGUGAUGCGACUACAGCAUACCAAAGGAGAUAGCCAGGUGAGGCUUCAAAAGGACCUGCAAGUGUACAUCCACGAGAACCAAAGGCUCCGACUUCAGCUCGAUUCCAUGAAAGCUGAGAUUGCUGCUCUUGAGCAAGUCAGACACAGGGAAGAAAAGGAAGUGCAGGAAGUCGUUGAGGCCCUUGCAGCAGCUGAAAAAGGCAUCGCCGACAGAGACUCUCUCAUAAAAAGACUGCAGAGAGAAGAUAAAACAGCGGAAAACGAGAAACUUAAAGAGGACCAGCAGCGACUGCUUACGCGCCUAAGCAAGCUGCAGAAGCUGACGGGCACAGCAGGAGAUGAGUCGUAUGAAGGACGCUCUCCAGAAGACCUGGCGGAGCAGCUCGUAAAAGUCCAGAGGGAAGUGGAGCUGCACAGAGGGACUACACGGCAACUAGGUCACACUACGGAGGAGCUCCGGAUCUCCAAGAUGUGCCUCGUACAAGCAGAAGCGAACCUGCUAGAGGGGCAGAAGCUCAUUGAAGAGCAACGCGCAGAGAUCCAAAGGCUCUACAAAAUUGUAGAGGCCCUCAACAGAGAGAAGGCUUUAACGCCACCGGUGGUGCUGACGCUGCCAAAGCACUUACGGGGAGUUGGAAUAGAGCAGCUCGAGGCUCUCUCUACCAAAAUGGGCCAAAUCUUGCAGGCCCUAGACAGGGAACGGAAGAGUAAGGGUUUGGACGUGCAGCUGAGGGUGAACAUUGUUGGGAUAAGGCUGUAG